GCCAGGUUUGACUUAUCCGGGUCUGAUCCGGUCCGGCUCGGUCGUCAGCUUUGGCUUAGUCAGGUCCCGCUCAGUCUGGUCAGGUCCAGCUCAGUCUUCUAGGGUCGGGUUUGGUCUGAUUGGGUCUAGCUUGGUCUGGUAGGGUCCACACAGGUCAGGUCUUGCAUGGUCUGGUCAGGUUCAGCUCAGCCCAGCUGGGUUCGAUCAGGAUCGGACAGAUCUGGCUCAGUCCAGGCAGGUCUGGCUUGGUCUGGUUGGGUCCAGCUCGGUCUGGUUGGGCCCGUUCAAGACCAUUUGGUUCUAGCUUGGCCCUCCUGGUUCCAGUUGGGUCUAGCUGAGCCCUGCCAGUUCUGCCAUGGGUGAGCUGGGGCUGGGCCGGGAGUUCCACACGUGGCACGAGUUCAGCUGCUUCUUCGACGAGUGGUGCGAGCGGCACAAAGUGCUCUUCAUCAUUGCCAGCCUGAAGCCGCUCAUCUCGCUGCGGCGGCACCCGCUGCAUGCCCCGCCCAGCCUAGGCGAGACGCCGCGCUGCUGCGCUUCCGCUUCGUGCGCCUCAUCUGCAAGCACAGUGGCACCUAUGUGGGCCAGAGCACCGUGCAGCGCAACCGGCUCGGGAGCCUCCACUGUCACAGUUGCACUGCCCUGGGCGGCGGGAGCCUCCGGCGUCACGUCGCACUGGAUGGCAAGAGCCUCCAGUUUUGCAUUCCACUGUAGUGGACAGCAAGAGCAUCCAGCAUUGCAGUGCACCAGGAGUGAGAAGAUCGACUGUCCAGCUUCAGUCACGCUGCGCCUGGGCCCCAAGAAGGACCGGUUGGUGGUGAUCGAGGCCAGCCUGGAGCACAACCACCGCCUCUCCGAGGUGGAGUUCGCCCACUACUUCAAGAGGCACCAGCUGGAGGCCAGCAUGGGGCUGCCCAUCCGCAUCACCAACAGCGUCUCCAAGCGCUUCCUGGCGCCCGACCUGGUUUGGAAUCUGGAGGACUACAGCAAGGCCAAGGACAAGGGCAUGUGUGAGCUCCUGAGCCAACUGGAUGGACUCUUCAAGAGUGACCCGGGGGCCAAAGUCAAGCUGGUCUUCCAGGAGGACGUGGCAGUGCUCAACAGCAUCUUCCUGGCCACCUCGCACAUGCGGAGCUUGGUGCAGCGCUUUCCCCGCUGCCUCUACAUGGACCGGGCGGCCUGCGUGAAUGGCGAGUUCGACCUCUACUCUGUGCUCUGCGAGGACGCCAACGGGCGUGGGCGGGAGUGUGCCUACUGCGUGGCCCGCCGUGGCGUGCCUGACCUCGUCCUCUUCAUCGUGGCCUCGCUGGUGCUGCCCUGUGCCCGCGUCCAGAUCUGCCGCCUCCAGGUGCUCGAGGCGCUCUACCGCAAGGCCCACGAGCUUGCCGCCCCCAAGGAGGACAAGGUGCGCAACCUGCUGCACAACAUGGCCAACGCCAGCUCGCCCCGCGUCUACAGCCAGUACCUGAGUGACUUGGAGGACGUGGCCCCCCUCACCUUCCUGCAGUACUACCUGGAGACUUGGCACCACAACAAGGGCAUGUGGGCUGAGUGCUGGGCCUUUGAGCGCAACCGUGACUGCCCCUUCCUCGAGCACAUGAGUUUCCAUCGGCAGAAGCUCUGCUCAGCGCUGGGGCCGCCCCUGGGGCUGGCUGCCUGUGUCCGGGGGCUGCUGGACCUCCAGGCGCUGCGGGUGGAGGUGGCCGCCCUCAAUGAGGAGCGAGUCUCGGACCUGUACCGGGCUGCCUGCCCACCCGCAAGUGCAGCCCUGGUGGCUGAGGAGGUGGGACCUGUGUUCAAAUUUUCCCCCUGUUUUAUUUGCACCCUAUUAACAACUGUUACUAGAGCUUUAAUUAUGCCCCUGUGA